AGACUGUAUGCAAGCCCGGUUUUCAGUCUUGAAAACCCAGAAUCAGAGAAAUAUAGAAUGUAUUAUGGGUAUGGGCCGAACAUGGUUAAGCCCAUUAGGCCCAAAUUUCUCCCAUGUUUUCUUUUCACUCGUGAAUGCCACGCGCCUUUCUCUCCAUUUCUCUCACUCAAACCCCUGCAAGAACCCUAGGCAGACCUUCACAGGGAGUGAGAUACGGAGGGACGAAGAUCGGCGACGAAGGAAUUUGAGAAAGAUGGGGAAGAUUCCAUCGUUUGUUCGGUCUUCAAUGGCGAGGCAAUUGGUGAAGAAGCCUGCCCCUGCUUCGGCGGCUGAGUCUCCAGCGCCCCCUCGGGAUUCUCCCAGGAAAGCAGCCGAGAGAGAAUCUGCCAAACUUUCCCGGAAAAUCCAAGGACCCGGAGUGCCGUUUAAGAAUCCUUUCAAGACACCUGAUCUCUCGGACGCCAAAAAGCUCUUCAACUCGAUCGUCUCCACCGCAAGGAUCCCUCUCGAUGUCAAAUUUCACAACUCCGUUCUCCAAUCGUAUUCCUUGAUCGCCACCGUUGAUGAUACGAUGGGUUUUUUCCGUCACAUCACGAAAAUGCAACCGGAUUUCUCUCCCGAACGGUCUACAUUCCACAUAUUGCUCUCUAAGGCUUGCAGAGCACCCGAUUCAACACUCCCCGAUGUUCACCGAGUUCUCAACCUCAUGUUCACUCAUGGUUGUGAGCCUAAUCAAGUCUCGACUGACAUCGCGGUCCGGUCCCUGUGCGAAUCUGGCCGGGUCGACGAAGCAGUAGAUUUGGUGAAAGAACUCUCUGAGAAGCACUCGCCUCCGGAUACCUAUACGUACAAUUUCCUUGUGAAGCAUUUGUGUAAGUGCAGGUCUCUAAGUGCGGUCUAUGGAUUUGUGGAUGAAAUGAGGAGUUCUUUUGACAUAAAGCCUGACCUUGUUACUUACACUAUCUUGAUUGAUAAUGUAUGCAAUUCUAAGAACUUAAGGGAGGCUAUGAGAUUAGUAAGUGCUCUUAGUGAUUCUGGGUUUAAGCCGGAUUGUUUCGUCUAUAAUACCAUUAUGAAGGGUUAUUGCACGUUGAGUAAAGGGAGCGAAGCAAUCGGUGUUUAUAAGAAGAUGAAGGAAGAGGGUGUUGAGCCGGAUAUGAUUACUUAUAAUACUUUGAUCUUUGGACUGUCGAAAUCCGGUAGAGUUGAUGAGGCUAGGAAAUAUUUGAAAGCUAUGAUUGAAGCGGGUCAUGUCCCGGAUGCUGUCACUUACACAUCCUUGAUGAACGGAAUGUGUAGAAAAGGUGACGCUUUAGGGGCGAUGAGCUUGUUGGAGGAAAUGGAAGGGGAAGGGUGUAGUCCAAAUUCUUGCACGUACAAUACAUUGCUUCAUGGAUUGUGCAAGGCAAGAUUGUUGGAAAAAGGUGUUGAACUAUACGGAGUGAUGAAAUCAGGUGACGUAAAGCUCGAGACCGCUGCUUAUGCGACACUUUUGAGGGCUCUGGUUAGAAAUGGUAGAGUUGCGGAGGCUUAUGAAGUUUUUGACUAUGCAGUAGACAGCAAGAGUUUAACAGAUGUGGCCGCUUACUCUACGUUGGAGAGUACCGUGAAGUGGCUGAAAAAAGCGAAGGAACAAGGCCUGGCUGUCUAAUUAAAUUACAAUGCAAAUCAUUGGGAAAAAAACAGAGGACAAUACCCUGCAGCAUCUUGAAGAAGAUUUACAGAGACAAGCGGUCUAAAUUCCGAUUAUAGGGAAAAUAAUACAUUGGAGGGGGGGAAUGAACGUACAAUGGCCGUAUGUUCAUGCUGCAACCCCUAGAUUCUUGGACCUAUGACGGCGAUGACCCUUUUGCGCAAUCUUGUAUCGAUGUUAUAUUCUCCUGAGUUGGCUUUGUUUUGUUCAAGAGAGACAGGACAGCAAGAGAGACAAGAUAUAAUCAGAGGCUCUACGUUGCCGGAUUCCACAGAGAUCAUUUGAUUAAACAAGUGGACAGUUGGUGCAAAUAUCUUCUCUUUGUAAGGUUAUAACAUACCCAUUUGCCUUUCAUGAAGAACUUGAUUACCAGAAAUGCACAAUUAUCAUUCUUGGAACCCUAAUCGUCAAAAACUUUUAAAGUUUGAUGCUUUUUUUUUA